CCCGAACGGCGCAUACCAAGAUCGCUUCGGGAAAAUAAGUGAAUUAUUUUAUAUUUAUUUUAUUUUCCUUUGUAUAACUUAUAUCAAGUAUAUUCCCUCUUCGUCCAGAUAGCUCACCCACAGCACAAUGAUUAAAGAAUGCCCCACCUCAGCGCAAAGGGCUUAUCGGAUAAGGCCAAAGUCGUCCAUCAGAAAAAAAAAAGUUUAGAGUAGCGUCGCAAAGCCCAGCCAAGUUUAACAAUAAAACUACAGCAAACCGGUCACUUCGCAUCGGACAUCAUGUUCGCCGUUCCAGGAUGGUCUGUAUCAUCAGACGCAUUAAAGGUUGAAAAAUCCAAUUCCAAUCCUUCCAAAGAGGGCGGCAAGUCCAAGAAACGCAAGAGACCCAACAGCACGCCAGAAGUCAAUAGCUCCAACGUCACCUCACUCUGGGAGAGUGUUGUCGAGGGUAGGAGCAGUCCUAAUGCAGAUAAAUCAGCGAAGCGAUCGAAAAAGGAGAAGCCUCAAAAGGAGGGCAAAUCGGUCGACAAUGUCAAGGAUGAAUCCAAGCAAGACGAUGCACCAGUCACCGACACAGCUGCUCCUAGAGACACAGCCAAGAAGGGAAAGAAGGGAAAGAAGAGCAAGGCCAACAGAGACGAGCAUGGUGCAAAACUCCCAAAACAAGUAGAACAGCCUACAUCAGCCUCAUCUGCCGAUUCAUUCCCCGUACCAGCUGGUCAAAAGCUCACGCCUCUCCAGGCCGCAAUGCGUGACAAGCUGAUUUCUGCUCGCUUCCGUCACCUGAACGAAACUCUAUACACACGACCCUCUGAAGAAUCCUUCAACCUCUUCCAAGAGUCCCCCGAGAUGUUCAGCGAAUACCACGAAGGAUUCAGACAGCAGGUGAAGGUGUGGCCCGAGAACCCGGUCGACAGCUUCCUUAAAGAUAUCCAGACACGCGGCAAGAUCAAGCAACCAUUCAGAGGAAAGCCAGGAUCAAAGCCUUCAUCACUAGCCACCACCCCACUACCCCGAACGGAAGGUGUUUGCACCAUUGCCGAUCUUGGUUGUGGUGAUGCCCAACUUAGUCAAUCUCUCCAGGCGAGCAAGGCAAAGUUGAAUCUCAAUAUCAGAAGUUACGAUUUACAGAGCCCUAUUCCACUUGUCACCAAAGCCGACAUUGCCAAUCUUCCUCUCCAGGAUGGAGACGUCAACCUUGCCAUUUUCUGCCUCGCUCUCAUGGGCACUAACUGGAUCGAUUUCAUCGAGGAGGCUUAUCGUGUCUUGCAUUGGAAGGGUGAAUUGUGGGUGGCUGAGAUUAAGAGUCGUUUUGGCCCGGUGCGCAACAAGAGCGCUGUUGUCGAGCACAGCGUUGGCAAUCGCAAAAAGGCAGCCAAGGCUAAGGGCAAGGAGAGUGGUUCCUCUGCAGCGCAUGACAACGAUCUAGCGGUUGAAGUCGACGGUGCUGAUGACCGUCGUCGGGAGACCGAUGUAUCAGCGUUCGUGGAAGCUUUACAAAAACGAGGAUUUGUCUUGAACGGCGAGCGAACUGAGUCAGUGGAUCUGUCAAACAAGAUGUUUGUCAAAAUGCGCUUUAUCAAAGGUGCCAGCCCGACCAAGGGCAAGGGUGCCUCAGAAGAUAAAGGGGGAGCCACCAAGGGAAGAAAGAAGGUAUUUGCACCGAGAAUCGAUCAAGAGCAAAACGAUCAGGAUAACAGCAACGAAGCUGCUAUUCUCAAGCCUUGUGUAUAUAAGAUUAGGUAGUUGCACACAAUCACGGUAUGGGUUUAUGAACUUCAAUAACGUAAUAUAU